AUGGGCUCACUCAAGGCCAAUGCCAGGGACAGACUGCACUCCUUCAAGUCUGGAUUCCGUCUUGGAGAACUGAGUGGAUCUCUCGGCGAUUUGGGUACACUCUUACCCAUCAUGUUAUCUCUCUCCUUGACGGGUCAGGUUGAUCUCAGUGCCAGUUUGAUCUUUGGAGGACUCUGGAAUAUCAUCACCGGCCUGACAUUUAGGAUGCCUAUGUGUGUUCAGCCUAUGAAAUCCAUCGCUGCCAUCGCACUCACAAACCACAUGUCGAUCGGCUCCGUCAUGAGCGCCGGUAUGGGUGUCUCCGCUGUCGUGAUGUUCCUUGGCCUGACCCGGACAAUUUAUCUCGUCCAAAAGUACACCCCCAUGUCUGUCAUCCGCGGUAUCCAGCUCGGUACCGCCAUCUCAUUCGGAGGCAAGGCCGCAGAUCUAGUGAAGCAGGCCAAGAGCUUUGGUGGCGAAAGCUGGACCUGGGACAACAAUUACGAAUGGGCCUGCUUUGCAUUUAUUGUGGUCUUUAUCUUCUAUUACCGCUCCAAGCGUAUCCCCACGGCCAUGAUCCUCUUUGUUAUUGGACUGAUCAUCGCGUUUAUCAAGCUGUACACCAACCCCCCUCUCAAUGUCGCCUACCCCAAGAUCGGCGUAUAUACCAUCCGCGUCACGGUUCCAACGUGGGAAGAGUUCAAGCAUGGAUUCGUUUCGGCCUCGCUUGGUCAGAUCCCACUGACUUGCUUAAAUUCCGUGAUUGCCUUGGCUGCCCUUGCCCAGGACUUAUUCCCAGAGCGUCCGACAGGAACACCUACGAUCGCUGUCUCGGUCGGGAUCAUGAACUUGAUCGGAUGCUUCUUUGGGUCGAUCCCAUUCUGUCAUGGUUCCGGAGGAUUGGCGGCGCAAUAUCGAUUUGGUGCCCGAACGGAGGUCUCGAUCAUUAUUCUAGGCUUGCUCAAGAUCUUUUUUGGGCUCUUCUUCGGCAGCUCGUUGUCGGGUUUGAUUGCCAGAUAUCCAAGCGCGAUCUUGGGUGUGAUGUUGUUUGUCAGCGGUAUCGAGUUGGGCGCCGUAGCCAGGACCGUGAACGACGGCGUUUUGAGCGACCAGAAGCGACACGCCAACUUUAUCGUGAUGAUCACAACAGCUGGAAUGCUGGUUGGGUUCAAGAACGAUGGCAUUGGCUUCUUGGGAGGACUGGUCGCGGCAAUCUGCUUCUAUAUCGGAUCGAAGUACAUGGGUCGCAUGGAUGAUGACGAUACUAAGACCUUGACGGGAACUCCGUGCGACCAGGGCGUUAUCAGCAAGGAGCAAAAGGAGCCGCUGCAGGGGCAGGACAGCUCAUCAAUUCGUAAAUACCCUGUCAACGACGCUGAGAUCGUGGAAGAGACUCGGCCUCACCAUGGCCAUUAA